AUGACGCCGACUACAUUCGACGCUCCUGACUCAAAUCCUGCCUUGUACCUACCCCACCAUCCGGUAUUCAAGGACAGCAGCACGACGCGACUCAGAGUUGUCUUCAACGCGUCAAUGAUAGUCACAGCUAAAAUCCUCAUGCAAGAACUGUGGAUUGCAUCUCUCGACUGGGAUGAUGAACUACAAUCAGAUGUCUCAGAGAAAUGGAAUGACUACUGCAGACGACUCCCAGAAUUGGAAGCCAUCUCGAUUUCUCGAUGGAACCAUCUGACAUCAAGAGAAACUGAAUGCGAACUACACGGUUUCGCCGAUGCUUCAACGCGAGCAUACGCAGCCGUAGUGUACCUUCGCACAGUCACCUCAGAAGGCGAGUUCAAGUGCACAACAUACGCGUGGACCGACUCGAGCGUCGUCCUCGCAUGGCUCAAGCAACAUUUAUCCGAAUGGCCGACAUUCGUAGCCAACAGGGUUGCUACAGUACAUCGGCUUCAAGACGUAUCGUGGAGACAUGUACCAUCGGCGCAGAACCCGGCAGACUGCGCAUCACGUGGUUUAACCGCCACGGAGCUGUGUACCCAUCCAUUGUGGUGGCAAGGCCCAUCGUGGCUAAAGUCCUCAGAAGCAAAAUGGCCACGCACUCCUCCAACGCCGCCUAAAUCCAAGCUCGUUGAAGCGUCGCAGGUAUCAGUCAAAACGCACGUUGCUGUCGACACAAUCCUUCAUUGGGAACUCUACACGGAGAUUUCAACAUGGAACAGACUAGUACGCGUAACUGCAUACUGCAUGCGAUUCGUCGGACGUUGUCAACGACGUAACAACGCCACCGAACUACGUCUCUCAGGCGACGAAAUCCGCAACGCGCAAGUAUUCUGGAUUAACAAUAUUCAGCAUCAACACUUCAACAACGAGAUCCAAGCGAUCCGCAAAGGAAAACUUCUUCCUCGCAAUUCACCCUUGCGGAAUCUCACGCCAUUCGUGGAUGGAAAGGGUACCCUACGCGUGGGUGGACGCCUUGAACAAGCCAACUUGCCGUUCGAGGAAAAACAUCCUGCCAUUUUACCGAAGCAUCGAGUAAGCACUCUUAUCGUGGAAGACGCGCACUUGCGGUGCCUUCACGGUGGUCAUCGACCGCUUGUAAGAAACAUUAUCAACAAAUGUGUCCCAUGUGUGCGAGAACGCGCCAAGGUACCAAGUCAACUCAUGGGUAACUUACCAGCUGCGCGAAGCACGCAGUAUCGUGCAUUCCUGCACACUGGACUCGACUAUGCCGGACCAUUUCUUGUAAAGACCAGUAAAGGCCGUGGACAUAAGUCACACAAAGCGUACCUCGCUCUCUUCGUGUGUACAUCCACCCGUGCCAUCCAUCUCGAACUCGUAUCGCAUUACUCAUCAGACGCGUUCCUCGCAGCAUACCGUCGCUUUAUAGCUCGUCGCGGGUUACCAUCUGAUGUAUACAGCGACAACGGGACCACCUUCCAAGGCGCCGAAAAGGAACUGCAAGCUGCAUUUAAAAACGCAGUGAACGAUCCAAACCUCGGAAACCUCAUCGCAACCGACAGUACCAAUUGGCACUUCAUUCCUCCCGGUGCUCCGCACAUUAUGGGAAGCUGGCGUGAAAUGCGCAAAACAUCAUCUGAAACGAGUUUUUGGUGCCCACACGCUCACGUACGAGAAAUUCAACACCCUCAUUACUCAGGUGGAGGCGUGAUUGAACUCGCGGCCAAUUGGGCCGAACCUAACGGACCCAUGCGAGUUCGCAGCACACACACCAGGACAUUUCCUCGUAGGAGCUCCAUUAAUCAGCGUACCAGAACCGUCGUCCCUUCACCUAAACGAAAAUCGUCUCUUGAGGUGGAGAUUGGUACAGCAAAUGCUCGAAAGCUUCUGGAAACGUUGGUCCACAGAGUACUUCCACUCGCUACAGGUCCGAACAAAAUGGAAAAAACACAACAGAACAUUGCCGUCGGAAACAUAGUCCUCAUCAGGAAUAAUCUAGCGCCUCCAAAUAAGUGGAUGCUCGGGAGAAUCGUCGAAACUCAUCCAGGGCAAGACUCACGUGUACGCGUCGUCACUGUCCGCACCGCAAAAACGCAACUGAAGAGACCGAUUACACAAAUCUGCCUGCUCCCCGUCGAUGCGGCUGAUUCUGACGUGACGCCUACUUCUCCUCCCGACACUCCCAUAUCUUCGGACUCGCCUGAUUUCCAAGACUGUGAACCCGUCGAGACGUCAUCGACCACCACUGUCGCUCCCAGCUACGACUACAUGUACCAAUCCACACCGAUUACGGCGGGCGGCGUUACACGCCUACCUUUGCACCUAGAACAACGAAUACUCGACCUGCCAGUCGAGGCGGGCGGAAUGUUCACGCCACAGAGCGUUAUUAUCAUUAUUGUGCACGGGGUACCGCCGAGCGACACUACGAACACCUCUUCAGAGUUAAUGGACUCUUUGGAAUUAAAAAAACGAGAACCACCGCCUUACAUCCUCAAUCUGACGGACAAGUUGAGCGUCAGCACCAAAUUCUAA